GGAGAAUAAGCUUCAGAAUGACUUGAAGACUCGAGAAAAAGUCAGGAGGUUCCUCUCUGACGCGGACCAAGACGUUCUCAUUCGGUUGCUGCAUGCUGCUCUAGAUGGCCUCCGGGAUCAUCCGGACAUUGGUGCCGAAGACUCUGUCACUUGUCUGGCUGAGCUCCUCUCAUUCAUGCCAAUCACCUCUAUACACAGUAGCCUUGCUCAACGGUCGGGGGAAUUACUGGAGGUUUUGUCUUCCAACAAUCAGAAAAUCCGGCAAUUGGCAGCCAAAGCAUUCGGAAUGCUAGCUCCUCUCAAUGACAAGGCUUCCGGCAGCAUCAACAAGCUUCGUUCAUUCAUCGAAUCAGCUGGGCCGUCACCCCCUGCGGCAUUAUCAGCACAGUAUCAAGGUUCGAUUGCGUCACUUGCCGGGUUCACAUCGCGCUCCAUGUUGUACGGCAAACUUGGAAACAGCGAGGUGCACGUCAAAUUCUUGAAUGAUCGUUUCCUUGCUGCUCUCGAUGCUGGGGAUGCUGCGAUCAGGGAUUCUGCUAUCGACGCUGUGAAUCAGUUGUGGAGUGUUGGAUUGUCUUUUCCAGGCAGCCUUGACGAGUUUGACCGCAUCCUGGGAGCCCUGUUCAAGCUCGGUGAAGCCAACAAUGAGAAGGCGAUCAGAGCCAUUGGUCGGCUGGCAAUACCUGCUGCCGCUGACCGGGAGACAGGCAGAGAACAGUCAACUUUCAUGGACUUAGUUCUCAAUCAGCUUUUCAAGCUGUUCGAGGUGAAACGCACAGAGGUUCACUUCGCCACGGGUGAAGCAUUGGCAUCCGUUGUAGCUCGUUGGGACUCUGAUGCCGUACAGCUCGGUUUGGACAUUCAGCCGCAAGGUGCUGGUGAGUCCGAAAUAAUCGCGAUCUUGCGGAAACGACCAGAGAAAAUCGCCGCUGUCUUAGAGAAACUCAUCAACGACUGCAAGACGACCAAGCCUUCUCUCCUGAAGGCUUCUGGCAUCUGGCUUUUCUGUAUCAUCCAAUACUGCUCCCAUUUGCCUGAAGUUCAGGCACGUCUGCGCGAAUGUCAGGUGGCCUUCAUGCGCCUACUGACCGGUCGCGACGAGCUCGUGCAGGAGACUGCUUCUCGAGGAUUGGGACUGGUAUAUGAAAGGGGAGAUGAGUCUCUAAAGGGCGAUCUCGUCAAGGAUCUCGUUGCCAGUUUCACAGGCUCGAAGACACAGCUCAAGGUCGACGAUGACACCGAACUCUUUGAUGCAGGCGCCUUGCCCACCGGUGAGGGCAAGUCUGUUACUUCAUACAAGGACAUCAUCAGCCUGGCCAACGAAGUUGGAGAUCAGAGUCUGGUAUAUAAGUUCAUGGCACUGGCUACCAAUGCCGCCACCUGGACAGCGCGAUCGGCCUUCGGUCGUUUCGGCUUGAGUAAUAUUCUGUCUGAAGCAGACCUCGACCCGAAGAUUUACCCCAAAUUGUUCCGCUAUCGCUUCGAUCCCAACUCCAAUGUGCGCAGAUCGAUGGAUGACAUCUGGAAAGCGGUCGUCAAGGAUUCGUCAGCUACGAUUGAAGCUCACUUUGAUGCUAUCAUGACUGACUUGCUCAAGAGCAUAUUGGACGGCAAAGAAUGGCGCGUAAGAGAGGCCAGCUGUGCAGCCAUUGCAGACCUCAUCUAUGGCCAGCAAUUCACAAAGUAUGAGAAGUACUACACCGAUAUUUGGCGCGUCACCUUGAGAGUCAUUGAUGAUCAGAAGGCGUCAGUCAGGGCAGCAGCUUUGAAGCUGUGUAUGGGACUAUCCAAAUCCCUCGUCACACAACUCCAGGAGCACAAUUCUUCCGGCUCAGCAAAGGCUAUGAUCACCCAAGUCUUACCAUUUCUGCUUUCAGACAAGGGCGUUGAGAACUCCGUGGAUGAAGUCAAGGUUAUGGCGAUCACGACAGUGCUAGACGUGGUCAAACAUGGUGGUGACACGCUCAAGCCCUUCAUACCGACAAUCAUCAUCCACUUCCUUGGACUUCUGAGUACCAUCGAGCCUCAGCAGAUCAACUACCACUACCAACGUGUUAGCGAAGAAGACCGUGAGGGACUGGAUAAGCUGCGCAGCAGUGCUGCAACAAGGUCACCUCUCUUCGAGUGCAUUACGAAUUGUUUGCGCUUUGCAGAUGAGGCAGUACUGAAGGAGCUCGCGCCACAACUUGUACAGACCAUAAAGUCGGCCCUUGGGUUACAGACCAAGGUUGGAUGUAGUGAGGUGCUUAGCACCCUUGCACUGCGGCACAGUAUCUUGAUGCCGCCAUACAAUGGACUCUUCCUGAAGGCCAUGGAGACACAGGUUCUUGACCGCAAUAAUGAAGUCAACCGAGCCUACGCAAAGAGUGCAGCUUACCUGUUGAGGACAGCGAGCUCAGAGACUCGGGAGCGCUUCACGUCGAAAUUGACAGUACUCUACAUGGGUGCUGAAGAAGACGCCAGGCGCCAAAAAGUCGCCGACGCAGUCCUCGCCAUCGCAAAGGUGUCUCCUGAUGCAUUCAACGACCUCGAAUCGCGGCUCCUGCCAUUCGCUUACCUAGGCAAGCAUGACACUGACGAGUAUGUGUCCGAAGCCUUUGAGGAAGUCUGGAGUCAGCACGCUGGUGGUAGCCAUACAGUCAAGCGUUUUGUCCCCGAAAUCACGGAGUUCAUCAUCAAGGCUCUUGACACCUCGAAAUGGGCAUUGCAGCACGGUGGCGCUCUUGCCAUUGCGUCCAUGGUGACGGCGUUGAGCAGUGCAGCUGGGAAAGACGGGCAGUUUGGUGAGGCAGAGCUGAAAACGAUCUGGCCGGUCUUGGACAAAGCGUUGGCACUCAAGACGUUCAAGGGCAAGGAGAAGCUCAUCACCGCGUAUCCUCUCUUUGUCCGGCACGGCAAGAAGCUGUGGGCCAACGACAAGGCUGUAGCAACACAGACCAAGAAGAUUGCUGUACGCGAGGCGAAGAGAAACAAUGACGACUACCGGCCAUUCGCCUUUAAGGCCCUUGGACGGUUCGCCAGUGCACGUGGCGAUUUAGACAUGUACAAGGAAGUGGCCGGGCUCGUUUCUGAUUACCUCAGCCCAGAUGUCAAGGAGACACAGUCGGACACGGAGAGAAAGACAACGCAAGCUGCGCUCAAGGCUGUGCUGAACGCUUACUCGCGGGAGAAGAUGAGAUCAGAUCCGGCAGCGAUCAUGCAGGACAUUGUUGCCACCAUGGAGGAGUCGAGAUUGGCCCUCAAGGCCGCCCGAGAUGCCUGGUUUGCGGGCUCCGUAGAAAUCCUGGCAGAAGCUGGAGCUGCCGGCACGUCAUUGCCAACUAGUGUCCAUGAGGUGGAAGCGAGGAAGUGGUUCGCUCUGCUGCUCGCAGAUGAGGCCGAUGUCAUCCUGGAGUCACAGCGCCUGGACCGGGCCAAGGCACUUGGUGCUGCAAUCAAGGCUGCACGGCAAGGCGUGUUCGGGCCAGCGAAGGAGCUUGAAUCUGUGCUGGCAGACAUGCGGACAAAAGUUAUCGAGAUGGCCUCUGCAGAGCGGAGUUUGGAUGUACAGAAGGCAUUGCGGAAUGCAGCUGAUUAGAGAGCGAUAGUAUAGACAAAUAUGACUCACGAGACGGCAAUUUUGAUAUCGUG